CGUGAAAACGCUCUGCCUACAAUGAACCUCAAUGGAGACUAGAGGAAAGACUAAGGAGCUCGCCCAAUUUUAGGCUUUUAAUUUAUUUAUAACAUGAAGUUACAAUUUUACAAGUAGCUUCACGAGUCUAGAGUUAAUAUUUUGACAGUCAGAAAAACAACUUGCGGACAUAAGUCGAAGUUUGCCCACAAGUCUUUUGAAUAAGGAAAUCGUCUAAUGCUAACGUUAUGUAGCAAGCUAAUCUCAUUUAACAUUACCCAUUCUUAAACUCAUCUGUCAUUUCACAGACCGUUAUAAAUCCUACACGUAGGCAUGACCGAGUACAAGCUUGUGGUGGUCGGGGCAGGAGGUGUGGGGAAGAGCGCUCUCACCAUCCAGCUCAUCCAGAACCACUUCGUUGAUGAAUACGAUCCAACCAUUGAGGACUCGUACAGAAAACAGGUGGUGAUUGAUGGAGAGACCUGUCUGCUGGACAUCCUGGACACUGCAGGUCAGGAGGAGUACAGCGCCAUGAGGGACCAGUAUAUGAGAACAGGAGAGGGUUUCCUCUGUGUGUUUGCCAUCAACAACACCAAGUCCUUUGAGGACGUUCAUCUCUACAGAGAGCAGAUCAACAGGGUGAAGGACAGUGACAGUGUCCCCAUGGUGCUGGUAGGAAAUAAGAGCGACCUGAGUACCCGCACAGUGGAGUCAAGGCAGGCGCAGGAGCUGGCACGAAGCUACGGAGUACCAUUUGUCGAGACCUCUGCCAAAACAAGACAGGGUGUGGAGGAAGCUUUCUAUUCACUAGUUCGGGAGAUUAGAAGAUAUAAGGAGACCAACCGCAGCAACAAGAAAAGCAAGAAGAACACUCAGAGACGUUGCAUAAUACUAUAGCAAACCACACACACCAGCAGCAUCCCUCGCAGCACUUAUUUCAUGCUUCCCCUCACACACUGCACCUCUUCUGUCACAUUGGAGAAGUCCAGCGCAGCUCCAGACGAGGGAGCAGACGUGGCAGAACUCUUUUUUUUUUUUACUCCUGUCACAGUUUCCACAGAAAAGAUUUGCCAUUUAUUUAGCACUCUGCAAUGUACUGUGCAGUGUACUACACAAAUUCAGUUGGUGGUCCUAGUUUUUGUUUCGAUGUCCAAACAACUCUAGACUACGGUUUUUUAGCUGAUAUUUUUUUUUUUUUUUCAGUUGAAGUCAUCAUUUGUGCAGACUUAAUUUGAUUCUAGGGAAGAUAUAUCUUUUCUUUUUCUUUUGUAAGUCCCAGAAUGAGAAUUAGUCUGUAUAGAUAAUUCUCUUUUUUAAGUGUAAUUUGUCCAGCCAGUGUUCCUUAACAGACAGUUUAGCUCCUGUUGACUAUUUAGGGGGUUAAGGGUUCACAGUGAUGCGUCACUGCACUUUGUACUGUCACAUCAGGUGAUUCACUCAGCCCGAAUCAGAAAAAUUAUUUUAGGACUGAACAUUUUGUUUAGUGUGGUAAAAUGUGUCAUCAGUUGUAUUUGAUUGCUCUGUACACAUCAGACUUCAUGAAGUCCCACAAAUAGCAUAAAUUGUCCCCUCUUCUCAUUUCUCAGUUUCUACAUCUUCGAUUCCUUUUGAAGGAUACCGUUAAAUAUUUUGCUUCCAGCUGAUUGCUCAAAACUUUUUGGGAGUUCACAAAAUGUGUCUUCCCCUCAUGUUUUUUCACAGGCUCGUGUGUCCUCUGAGGCUUGAAACACAGCAGCAAUAUCUUUUUUUUUUUUUAUGUUCUCAAAGUCCACAUGUCAAUGAAAAUAUAAUAUUAGGGUAGGAUCAGCACAGUAUCCUAGCCUCAACAAUGUGUUCCAGACUCUUAGGUGCACUUUAUUAACUUACUGUUUUGUUCUUAAUUGUAGGAUUUAGGAUUAGUUAGUGCCAUUUAUAAAGGUUUACCAAGGAAUACAGAUUUAUACAGAGGAAUAGCAAACCAGGAGCUGUUUCAGAGGAUUGGUUGAGAUCUGAUGCCUGUGUCAGUCAUUUCACACCAUUACUAACAUACUGUUUGAAGUGUCAGCCCUGCUGUUUGUUCCUCACUCACACUGUAUUCCAGUCCAAUUUCAAUGCAAUUUUUAUAUUAAUACGAAUGUUGGUGGUUGCAUUUGUAAGUUGCCAUGUCUAAGCACUGUUGAUGCUACACAACUCUAUCAGAGCAUGUAGCAUGUGCAAAUAUCUCUGUGGUACUGCAUACAUUUAAAGUACACUGAUGCUGAAAGCAGCGUGAGAAAUCUCAAGAGCUCAGACACAGCAGCAGUCACAUUAUCCAGUUAUACUCUACCAUGCUGGGCGAUAAGGAAUUUUCAAAGGGCAUCAAUUUUUUUACAGCAGUGUUUUUCUUCUUUGAUAAUUACUGUCAUCCAAAAUGUUAUGGAUUGUAAAAUUUCUAUUUUUGUAGCAUUAAAAACAGCUUUUCCCAAUUUGCAUUAAGAAAGUGCUGUCCACACAUUUGGUCAAGUUAUAUCGAAGUUCUAUGAGCUAACUUCAGUGAAUCCAUAUAUGAAGGGUUCCUACUUUGUUAUGGUGUUAAACCAGCAGCUGUCACCUUGUCUGGAUUUAAUAUGGAGUAACUCUAAAAAGAUGUCUCACUGACAGCUAUGUAAAAUCUUUAAUGCACUCUGCUGUAAUGAACAAUUAAAUGUCUUUAGCUUUUA